AUGAGUGUUGAAUUACCACUUACAGGAUGGAUUGAUAUUCGAAUUAAUUUAUCAAAUAAAAUCAAGAAAUAUUAUUACGUUUUAGAAGGUAAUAAAUUAAUAUUAUACAAAGAUGAAGAUAAAAAGAAAGAAGUUUUUUCAAUAAACUUAAAAAAUGGGAAAUUAUGUUAUCUGAGUGCAGAACAAGAAGUUAUUGAUCCAGUGAAAAUAGAAAUCACAUUUGAUUUAUUAGAAAAUGAAUAUUAUCAAUUUGAAUGUAAUAAUAAACAAACACUAGCAUUAUGGAUUAAAACAUUAUCUUCUUAUUGUUGUGUUGCUGGAAUUACUCAUUAUCCAUUACACACUAUUACAUUUAAAAGUAAUUAUUGCAUUCCAUUAAUACUUGCUAAAUGUUUUAAAAUCAUUGAUGAAUAUCAAUAUCAACCUUCUUCUCCUUUACUUCAACCAUUAAGUUUUGACCUUAACGAAUUAAAUGAACUUUGUGAUAUUAAUUCAAUCAAAACAAUUGAACAAGCACAUUUAAUUAUUCACCAUUAUAUCACAUCAUUAAAUCCACCAUUAAUUCCAAAUUAUCUUAAUGAUGGUAUUUUAGAUGCAAUGAAAAAAGAAAGUACAUUAAAUCAAGUAGAGGUAUUACAGAAAACAUUUGAAGGGUUAAGGUCUCCAUGUAGAAUAGUAGUAGUAUUAUUGUUUCAUUACCUUAACAAAAUGUAUGAAUUAAAUUAUGAUAUAUUAGAGGAAUUAUUAACACUUUAUAGUAGUGUGUAUAAUCCACCAGUCGAGUUAAAAUCAAUGAAAGACACAAUACUCACUAUGCUCAUAGAAAAUUUUGAAUAUAUUUUCCCAAAUAUUCAAAAAGAAAUUGACAUAAUAGAACAAAAUUUUAAUAAAGUAGAACCAUUUGAUUUAAUAAAACGUUCAGCAUUUAAAGAAUAUGUGAAGAAGAAAAUGGCAGAAAUUAAUCAAGAAAUAAAAGGAGAUAAUAAAAAUGAAAUGAAAAGUGAAGAAGAAAAAGAAGAAAAAAAAGAAGAUGAAAUUAAAACAAUGUUUAGAAGAAAACAAAAAAAAGUUCAAGUAGAUGAAAAGGAUUUAGAUUUUAAACUUCAACAAUAUUAUUUAAUUGAAACAGAAGAAACAAUUGAAACAAGAAUUGAAGAACUUAAGAAACAAAUAAAUGAAUUAAAAAAUACAGUAUUAGAACAAGGAAAAACAAUUAGUAUAUUACAAAAUGAAUAUAUUAAACAACAUCCUAAAUGA